CCUGCCCCUCACCGGUCAUUGAGCUGGUCCUCGGUGCCCGGCAGCGGGUGCACCACGAAGUGGAUCGAGGUAGACAAGACCUAAAAUGGAAGAACAAGACCCAGCAAAUACCCUACAUACUAAACUGCACAGGCACUGAUGGCUCUUGGCACUUGUUUUCAGUGGGAGCUUGCACCCCCAGGGCAAGCUGUGCACUGCCAGCACAAUGUCGUGGCACGAUCACAUUUUGGAAGAGGCCAGGCAGGAUAUAAGGCAGUUCGAGAGAGAGAUGCAGAGCGAGAUGAGGCUGCUGGACCUGCACCUGCGGCAGCUCCGCAAGGAUCUGCCUACGUGCUGCCCGCACCACAUACGGCGCUGCUGCCUGCACCAGCCUGAUGCCUGCCCCUGGGAGAGAAGGGCCAUCACCGCGAGGAUGGAUGUGGAGCGGGAGCUCAAGAGUAUGCAAAGAAGACUUAACAAGAUGGCACAUUCUUUCCAUGAUCACAGACGUUUGGCUUUGAUAGACAUGAAGGGUUUUGACCCCAAGGAAAUCUCUGUAACAGUGAAAGACGGGAAGGUGAAGGUGGUAGCAGAGCACGAGGAGGAGUUCACCACCUCAAGAGGGAAGGAGUAUAACUACAAAAACAUCUCUCAGGAAAUCAGCCUUCCAUCAGGGGUGAGUGAGGACGAGGUGAUCUACUCAUUGUGCCCCAAUAAUGUUCUGAAGAUCGAAGCAGUAAGGUGCUGCCCUUGUCUUCCGAGCACCUGAGCCACAGCAGGGAGCAGCACGCAGGCACAGUCAUGCCUCUGUCACAUCUCUCUGUCAUC